AUGGACGAGAACAAGUCACAUCCUCUCCAUGUUACAGGAAUACUCAUAUACCGUAUACUACGACAAGUUGAAUUUUUAUUGUUAAACGAUACUUUUUCGCAUAAAAGACAUUGGACUGCUCCAAAAGGUGAAGUAAUUCGUCAAGAAGACGAAGUAAAAUGCGCCCUUCGUAAUACUAUCGAAAUCACUGGUCUUUCGGUAAAAGAUUUAAGAAUUGAAGAAGGUUUUAGAGCUGAAAUUACUUAUCUAUCUGGAACUAGACCUAAAAGAGUUGUUUAUUAUCUUGCCCAAGUGUCGGAUCAUGCUCGUGUUUAUACAAGCGGUGAAGGUCUCCAUUUCGCAUGGUUACCUCUUAAUCAAGCCGCCGAGAAAGUUCUUUAUAAGAGUAUGCAAGAAGUUAUUAAGCAAGCAUUCGCAUUUGUCGAGAAUAACAAGCCUCCAAAAAAUUCGGAACCUCAACAGCGAUCACGUAUUGAAAAAAAUCAAAUCAAUAGCGAUAGGUUAGAAAGCAAAAUGAAAAAUUUGAAUUUUGCUAUACCUUUAGAUUCACAGCGACAAGCAAUGAGUCGUCAAUUAGGCAGAGAGCAGCGUCAACAACAUAAUCGCCCGGAAAAGAAUGGAAAUGGCUUUUCGUCACCCCUUCACUCUCCAGUGAUGCCAUUCGAAAAUCCUCUUUAUAAAACGCGAUUAUGUGAACGCUUCGAGACGGAAAGGUUUUGCCCAUACGGGUCAAAGUGUACCUUUGCUCAUGGAACUGCCGAAUUAAGAGAGAGACCUCCUGGUGAGGAAAAGGUUGAUAUACCUCUGACUGCAAAAGAUGGUCCAGACAAUCCUUUGUAUAAGACACGUUUAUGUGAACGAUUUAUGAAGGAAAAUUUUUGUCAGUAUGGACCUAAAUGUAAUUUUGCUCACGGAGAAAAUGAAUUAAGAGAGAGACCUAACACUGGUCAAAAUAGUCGGGACAGUCCCGAACCUAAUCCACCACAUCCACCACAUUCACAUGGUAAAUAUCAGCAUCCACAUUAUCGCCAAAAUAAUUCGAACGAAAAUGAAUCAGAAAAGAGAAUCUUUCCUUCAAACCCCAGUAUUGGUGGUGUAUUUCGAUCUGAAAUUCAGAAUGGAAUUUUUAGCCGUAUCUCUAUUUUAUCAGCCUCGGAUUCUAUUCACUCGGCGGCAACCAGUCCUCGGACAGAAGGAACGCAAUCUGAAAAAGUGGAUCAACCUCAUAACGAAGCAAGGAAAUUUGAAGAUGAAACUGAAGAAAUGUCGAAAGCAUCCGAACAGAAAGCUGAUGUUGAUUUAAAAACACAAGAUGAGGAAGUAAAUGACCAAAAGAAUUCGUCCGUGCAUCCAAAUUCAUUCAAUAAAAAUAUUACUGUCACUAAACGUCGAACUGGAAAGGAUAUACUUGAUGAUGACGAGAAGCCAUGGAUGCAAGUGGUUGAGUUAUCUAAUGUCGAACGAGAACAACUUGGAAAAAUGUACAAGGAUUCUAUACAUAUUAUGCUAAAGACAGAUAAUACGGCGACUGUAGAUAAACGUUCUAAUGAAGAAGUUCUCAUCACGGAUCUUAAGCGAUUUUUUGCUCAAUCUUUGGAACAAAAUAAGCCUAUUUCGGAAGAGAUUAAAGAAAUUACACUCAUCGAAACGAGGAAAGAUUUAUCAAAGUCACAAUUAUUUAAUAUAUUACUUCCAAGUAUGUAUGACGAUGCGACAUGGGAAACGGUAAACAAAGAUCUUACUCGCAAGGAAAAAUUAUUCAAAACGUUCGUUCGUUCAAGUCAAGACCAAGUUAUUUUUCUCAGAUCUUGGGAAAAAUUUAUGACUCAACGUAAUACUAGCCUCUUACCUAAAGCACCACUUCUUUUCAAGGCUUUUUACGACAAGGAUUAUGUAGAAGAAGAUUCGGUUCUCGAAUGGUACGAUCAUGCCAAAGAUUCCAGUGAUGUGAAAAAGAAAUGUGAGGUUUUUGUUAAUUGGCUUAAGAAUGCUGAAGAGGAAGAAUAG